AAACCGUUUCACGAAACAUUGACACCUAGUGCCCCUGGAAUGCUGGGAUUUGUAGUUUUUACUCUGGCACGUAAAAGCAAGAUUAUUGUUUACAAUUAAUUCCUGGGGUCGCAUGACCAACGGGGACCAAUCCGAGUAGAGUUUAAUUGAGUAUGCGCCUACAUCAAACUGAGGCUGCUGAGGGUCCCACUUUAAGUAUUUGGCCGACAGUAAGCAUGAACAAGAUGAAAAAUGAAGAGCAAAAGACUGAGAUGAUCUUGAAUUAUGCAUUGGAGAUUAUCUACAUGUUGACCGGAGAGAAAUAUACCAUUGGGAAGAAGUGUUCCAGGCAUAGAAAAAAUAAUAUUCGACUGGUGACUGAAGAGGUACCUAUAAAGUGCGAUGAUGUCGCAAUCUUUUUCACCAAGGACGAAUGGGAGUACUUACAGCAGCACAAGGAGUUUUACCAAGAUGUGAUUAAGGCAAACAAACAGGGCUUUAAUAGCUUUCCGGCUCACAACACCUCAGGUACUAUCCCAGCACAGAUUGGUAGAAACAUAGAUAUACCCAAAGUGACCCUACUCACACCUCGGCGUAGACACCGCUUUGUUAAAAGGACACGUCUGCAUUUACCAAAAUCCCCGCGGUUCACCCAGCUUGUACGCAACAUUACUAAUCUUGGAAGACGAGUAGCAAAAAUUGACCGAAAUAUUUCCCACAUCCUAAAGCAGUUUAAAAGGAAGAGUGCAACAUAUGAUGAACAAUACCCGGAGGGUUGGGUUUGUGAAAAGCUUGGUAUCCCAAAGCAUUUUAAAGAAGACGAGGUGAUGUUAGGAGAUUGCCAGGACCCAGAAUACCAACCCUGUCAAACAACACUCCCAAUAUCUUCUUUUGGUCCUUUCUCUUACACGCAUGAUGUUAUUGAACCACAAUGUAAAAUGUAUGUUCAGACACAACCUGUUGACGACUCAACACCUCUUAAUAGCCCUAAUCUCACUGUCAAUUCUGAGGUUUCAGAACUCUCUCAAACUUUCAGUCCCUGUACAGCAGAUUCAACUGGCGAAGCGUUACCAGACACCCCUCCGUCUGCAGUGUCCACAGUGUUACAUACAUCCUCAAAGACAUCACUGAGCACAGUUGCUAUUGACGCUCAACCUGAUAAAACCUCUUCUAAUUUAUCAAGAAUUUUAGAAAAGAAGCAAGCACAACUCAACAAUACCAAUGCAAAAGAUUAUCCUGGAGAAGCAGCGUCCCACCCCGAUGGUCCAGCAGCACUGCGCACUACAGCACGAUUACCAGUUACGUCGAGCUCAUCCAGUAGUGAUGUUUCAACUGUUAAAUGCCCAGCAUUUAUAAUUGUAUCAAAAGUUGCAGAGGAUCAGCAACCACAGUUUGAGAGCCUCCGUACUCCAGAUUCUGUGGGAGAACCCUUACCGGAUAUUCUACUAGCAAGCAUGUCUGCAGGGUUGUUGAACAACUUUAAGAUGCAGAGUCGUGGACAACCCCAUCGAUACGCUCAGCUGUUAUUUCAACACCAUGUACCAUAUUCACUAUAUAAGACGUGGACACACAAUACCAAUUAUGAUGGCUCUCGCGGCAAGCAUGCGCUACCUAAAAAUUUAAAACGUCUAAUUAUUAAUGAAACCUCAAUGGCAUUUAAAAUGACUCCACCUGUGUUAAAAAAAAUAAAAGACACUUUAAAUGGACUGCUACGAAUUCCUAGAACUGGGGGCUGGGAUUCAAAUUCUAAUUUUGUUUGAGUUUUUUUUUAAACCAAUGUAUAUUGGAAACAGAGACAAAUGUUAAAAAAAUGUACUGUUUACACACGGUAAAUUAUUUUUAAAAUUAUUUUUAUUACAUUAUUAUUAACUAAUAAUAUUUAUAUGAAAAAUGGACGUGCGAUUGCAAAAGCAUAUACAUAGGAUGCAGUUAUUUUGAUAUCUGAGGAGCAUUUAAUACAUUUUCAUGUAGCAUAUGUAAAAGAGUUGUUAAAUUAACAGUAGGAAAA